GGGCGCUCUUUCCCCCCCUCGUCGCGGUGGGAGGACUCAGGCGGAUGCUCAGUUGAAUGUAGCAGCUAGCGUGAUGAUGCUAAGCUAGCUGUCAGCCAGGCAUCCACGGGUUUCGCUGCCGACUUUAGCCGCCGGAUGCUCCGGGUCGUGUCCCGCUGGCCGUCUUGACAUUCCCUCCUCGACACUCCCGGACGAAUUCGUGUCGACUGACCAGAGUCCGCGAAUUCAGGUCCAGCCCCGACCGAACCUUCUCCCCCCCUCCACACACACACACACACACCGCUAGCGUCGCUUAGCUCGCCGGGCUAACGACACCGACACCCGGGGUCUGAGGAGUGAGACUUGAAGGGCCACACCCAGACAAGAUGUCCCUGCAUCAGUUCCUGCUGGAGCCCAUCACCUGCCACGCGUGGAACCGCGACAGGACACAACUCGCCAUCAGUCCCAAUAACCACGAAGUUCACAUCUACAAGAAGAGCGGCAACCAGUGGGUGAAGACCCACGAGCUGAAGGAGCACAAUGGGCACAUAACAGGUAUCGACUGGGCUCCCAAAAGUGACCGUAUAGUGACGUGUGGCGCCGACCGCAACGCCUACGUGUGGUCCCAGAAGGAGGGCGUGUGGAAGCCCACGCUGGUCAUCCUCAGGAUCAACAGAGCCGCCACCUUCGUCAAGUGGUCUCCACUGGAGAAUAAGUUUGCAGUCGGCAGUGGAGCUCGACUCAUCUCUGUCUGCUACUUUGAGUCUGAGAAUGACUGGUGGGUGAGCAAGCACAUCAAGAAGCCAGUCCGCUCCACAGUCCUCAGUCUGGACUGGCAUCCCAACAACGUGCUGCUGGCGGCUGGGUCCUGUGACUUCAAAUGCAGGGUGUUCUCAGCCUACAUUAAGGAGGUGGAGGAGAAACCAGGACCCACACCCUGGGGCAGCAAGAUGCCAUUUGGGGCUGUGUUAGCAGAAUUUGGAGGAGCGGGUGGAGGAGGUUGGGUCCACUCUGUCUCUUUCUCUGCAUCUGGUAACCGCCUGGCCUGGGUCAGCCACGACAGCACUGUCACUGUGGUGGACAGCUCCAAGACUGCCAGUCCUUCACAGAUGAAGACGGAGUUCCUUCCUCUCCUCAGUGUCCUUUUUAUCUCAGAGAACAGUCUAGUAGCAGCGGGCCACGACUGCUGCCCCAUGCUGUUCCGUUGCGACGACGGUGGAACGCUGACAUUCGUGUCGAAGCUGGACCUCCCGAAGCAGAGCAUCCAGAGGAACAUCUCCGCCAUGGAGCGCUUCAGGAACAUGGACAAAAGAGCCACCACCGAGGACCGCAACACCGCCCUGGACACACUGCACCAGAACAGCAUCACCCAAGUGUCUAUCUAUGAAGGAGACAAAAGGGAUUGUCGCAAGUUCUGCACCACAGGCAUCGAUGGAGCAAUGACUAUUUGGGAUUUCAAGAGUCUAGAAGCUUCUAUCCAGGGUCUCCGCAUCAUGUGAAGAAAUCUUGUGAAUGAAUGAAGAAACGCCGCAGCCUCACGUGUCCCCCCCCCCUUCUCCCACCCUCCCUCCUCACCCCCCCUCCACUCCUGCAACGCAGCCAGUAACGUACAUAACUGACCACCUAAUCUCGUGUCUGCUGAAGCACUGAUCAGACCACAACACACUGGUGGGUGUGUUCUAACACACACACUAAAUUACACAACCACACACACACUACACACACUGAGCUGACGUGUGGCAUCACUGUUCAUUUUUUGUUUUGUUUGUUUUUUAAAUGAAGGUUAACCAGGUGUCAAAGUGGGACGCUCCUCUGACACGUAUUAAGCGUGACGUGAACUGUGUGUUUUUAUGUUCUCUAACCUCCUGUACCAAAAGUUUGAGCACUAAACAGUGUAUUUUAUCCAAAAAUCAGACUGUAUUUCACCUCAGAUCAACCUCAACAUGAUCUCACAACAUCAGCAUUCGGGUAAAUCGCAGGACGCGAUUGUUUACUUCCUGCAGCACCGUGAGUCACUGCUUGGAUCGGGACCUGGUUCUUGAUAUGGUGAGGUCAUGUUGCUGGUUGGCUGCAGAGAGCUGUGCAGGAUCUGAUGGUGGAGAGAGAAAGCAGCCGUCUAAACUCUGCGCGGAGUCACGGCUGCUCAGCACUUGACUCUAAAGCUACUUCACUAAAACCACGAGAGAUGGAGGAUUUCUAUGUAACUGAUCAUGAGGUAGACAUAAAAUAAAGAUGAAUACAUUUACAGUACACAA